UGCGAUGGAGAAGCUGGCGGCGGGGCUGGCCCGGCUCCGGUGGAGCCCCGCGGCGAUGCCCCUCGACGCCAUCGUCAGCCAGUGCCGGCUGCCCACCCUCGUCUGCCUGGGGCAGGGCGAGCGCGUGGAGGGGGUGAGCGCCCAGGACGUGCUGCUGGUCCACUCCUGCCGGCAGUGGACGACGGUGACGGCUCACAGCCUGGAGGAGGGACACUACGUCAUCGGCCCCAAAAUCGAUAUCCCUCUCCAGUACCCAGGGAAGUUCAAGCUUCUGGACCAGGACCGGGACAUCCGUGAGCCCGUGCAGUACUUCAACAGUGUGGAGGAGGUGGCCAGCAUCUUCCCAGACCGUGUCUUUGUCAUGGAGGCCAUCACCUUCAGUGUGAAGGUGGUGUCGGGGGAGUUCAGUGAGGACAGCGAGGUGUACAACUUCACACUGCACGCGGGGGACGAGCUGACGCUGAUGGGCCAAGCCGAGAUCCUCUGCGCCAAAACGGUGAAGGAGAAGUCGCGCUUCAACAGCAUCCUGCGGAAGCUGGGCAAGGCGGCGCCGGCGGCGGGGGCCAGGCAGGUGAAGGGCAAGAUGCCCUGCCUGAUCUGCAUGAACCACCGCACCAACGAGAGCCUCAGCCUGCCCUUCCAGUGCAAGGGCCGCUUCAGCACCCGCAGCCCGCUGGAGCUGCGGCUGCAGGAGGGCGAGCACACCAUCCGCAGCAUCAUCGAGAAGGUGCGGCUCCCUGUCAACGUGGCCGUGCCCACCCGCCCGGCCCGCAACCCCUACGACCUGCACGCCAUCCGCGAGGGACACUGCUACAAGCUGGUCGGCAUCAUCUCCAAGACGGUGGUGCUCUGCUGCAUCCUGCGCCGGGACGAGCUGGUGCCUUUCCACUUCCUCCUACUGACCGACAUGCCCCGCUUCCAGCUGCCCGAGGGGCUCCUGGCCGGCGACCCGCAGCUGGAGAAGCUGCUGCGCGACAGCGCUGCCUAUUGCCACGACCGCUUCAACCCCGACGAGUACUCGCGGGCGGUGCGGGAGGCCAAACCGGAUUUUUCGGAGGACUGCGGCAGCCCGCGGCGCCUGCGGCUCUGCCUGCCCGCCUGCGCCCGGGACGAGCUCAGCCAACCCCUCCAGCGCCUCUCCCUCUGCGCCUGCAGCGCCGCGGCGCCCCGGGAGCCCCCCGCCCGCUGCCAGCCCCCUCGGGGCGUCGCUCGCGGCUCCCCGCGCCCGCCGCUACCCGACUUCCCGGACCCCGACCGCGAGUACAUGACGCCCGACUGGGCCGAGCCCGAGUUCAGGACUCAGGAGCCGCUGGAGAUCCCCUACGAGGAGCUCUGGAGCAACCCCAGCCCGGAGGGCUGCUGCGAGCCGGGCAGCGUCCGCCACGACCUCGUCUCCUUCGGGACCGUCACCCCGCGGGGCUCCCCGCACCGCCGCGGCGCGCCCGGGGACGAGCCCCGCGGGGACACCCCGCCCCCCGUGCCACCCAAAUCCGAGGCGGUAAAGGAGGAGUGUCGGCUGCUGAACGCACCCCCGGUGCCGCCCCGGGGCAGCCGCCUCCCCGCACCCUGCAGCCCCCCGGCGCCCCACAGCCCCCCGGCGGGCCUGCGCUGCCCGAAGCUGCCGCCAGCUCCCUCGCCCAGCCCCAGCCUCUCCUACUACUCCUCGGGGCUCCACGACGGGUCGGCCCCGCGGAGCGGCAGCGGCUCGCCCUCGCCCGACGCCUACUCCCUGUACUGCUACCCCUGCACUUGGGGCGACUGCAAAGCCGGGGACCCCCCUGGGCGCCCGCUGCCCGCCGCCACGCAGCCCCCCGCCUCCGCCUCCUGGUCGGACCCCUGGGCUUACGCCGAGGCGGGCAGCGGCUGCCCAGGGUCCGAGCCUCCCCUCAAACCCUUCCGCAGCUGUCCCCGCCUCAAACCCCCUCACCCCCAAAAGCGCUUCGCCCCUUUCGGAGCGCUCAACCCCUUCGCCGGUCCGUCCUCCGAGUGGCUGGAGAACCCCGAGUGGCCGAAGCCUUCGGCCCCAUCCGCCCCUCCCUCCUCCUCCUCCUCGCCGGAGCCCUUCGCCCCCGCCGAGGAGCCGGCAGCACCUCCCCGCCCCCCCAAGAGCUUCGAGGGGGACGGGAUCGUGCUGCGCGGGGCCGAGGGCGGCGUCACCCGCCUGUACGUGGCGCAGGGGCUCAUCGAGGUGCCGGCGACGCGGGGCGAGGCGGGAGCCCCGCCGCCCGCCCCCCGGCCCUGCGGGGACGGCUCUCCUUGGUUACCGCCCGCCGACCUCUCGGCCCUCUCGCUGGAGGAGGUCUCCAAGUGCCUGCGCUUCAUCGGCCUCUCCGAGGACGUCGUCAGCUUCUUCGCCCGCGAGCGCAUCGACGGCAGCAUCUUCGUGCAGCUCAGCGAGGAGAUCCUGGCCGACGACUUCCGCCUCACCAAGCUCCAGGUGAAGAAGAUCAUGCAGUUCAUCAAGGGCUGGCGCCCCAAAAUCUAAAUGCCAACCAGGGACCCCCCUGGGACUGGGAGGUGGAGGGGGAAGACACGACACGGACUCCCACGGCACUGCCUCCCCUUGCCGCGGCUGUGCCCACAGCCUGAGGGUCUUCUUCCUCCUCCUCCGCAGCUCGGCCCUAUUGCUCAGCCCUCCCCCCUUUAACACUGGACAGUAAUUUUGGCCCAAAAAGGCUGGAAAAUACUGGAGUUUGUGCUGACUGGUUUAACUUAAUCCUUGUGGAUUAGCGUAAUAAA